AUGGGAAGAGUUUGCGAGAGCAAGAGACUGAAAGCUUGGAGAAAUGCGAAUGAAAAUGCAAAGCUUUUCCCAGUCCUUUUUGGACAACCAUCUGCAAAGAUUGUACCUGCUGAUCAGAAAUCUACAGCUGAUUCGAAUCAAAGAUUAAAAGUUGGUGUUGUCCUUUCCGGAGGACAGGCUCCUGGUGGGCAUAAUGUCAUAUCUGGACUUUUGGACAAGACAAAAGGUAGCACAUUGUAUGGUUUUCGGGGUGGUCCAGCAGGGAUCAUGAAAUGUAAGUAUGUGGGUGGCUUUGACAUGAUCUGUAGCGGGAGAGACAAGAUCGAAACCCCUGAACAAUUCAAGCAGGCUCAAGAGACGGCAAUGAAGCUUGAUUUAGAUGGACUUGUUGUCAUCGGAGGUGAUGAUCACUAA